AUGGGGGACUACGGACCAGGUGUACAGCCACCCACAGCACCGCUAGCUGGCAAUCCUCCUCUGCUUUCAUCGGAUGCAGACGAAGUGUCUGUCCUGGUAACUGGAUUUGGUCCGUUUAAAACCAACCUAGUCAACGCUUCGUACUUGAUCGCCUCCUCUCUCCCAUCGUCGUUUACCUUCCCAGCAGCUCCAACAUCUCCAGAUGAGCCUGCUCCUGCUCCCCAUCGAGUGUCCAUCCAUGUCCAUCCAUCCCCAAUUCCUGUUGCAUACUCGACGGUGCGAGAGACGGUCCCAGGCAUAAUCGAUGACUACACCAAGGCCCACGGGGGUCGACGUCCAGACAUAGUGAUUCAUAUGGGCAUAGCUUCAACGAGAGCGUAUUAUUCAGUGGAGACAAAGGCGCAUCGGGACUCUUAUAACAUUUCCGACGUCAAAGGUUUGGCAGGAUAUGAGGAUGGGGAGAAGCUGUGGAGGCAACUCCGGCUACCCUCAGUUCUACAGGCUGGUCGUUCAGAUACAUCUUCAGCAUCCCAAUCAUCGCAAGUAGUAAAACCUCGCGCCAAUCCUCAUCCACCAGACGGCGAUUUUUUGGCGGUGUGGAAGUCGCUCGUGGCGCCGGGCACUGAUGUUCGCAUAUCAGAGGAUGCUGGUCGUUAUCUUUGCGAGUUUAUCUUCUAUACCAGUUUGGCACAAGCCUAUCAAGCAGGACAAGACCGGAAUGUGGUGUUCUUCCAUGUUCCUGGGGCAUGCGAUGAUGAGGCCAUCGAAAGGGGAAAGAAUGUCGCAAUUGCGAUGAUCAAGUCGUUUGUAGCAUGCUGGUUUGAUGGGAAGAAAUAG